GGGCACUAUCACGACACCGUGAUGCAACACUUCUCAGCAUGUCAGUGCAAUCCUGACAUAUAGAUCUACAUGCUCCAGCUACAGUGUUUCCUAACCAGGACACUAUGGUCAAGAUAAGGAUUAAUGGCUCAGUGGUGAUAGGACUUCUUGUGGUUCAAACUAUAUUUCUGCUUGUAUUGUACUCAAGACAGAGCAUUCACUUCUCAGAUACAGAUGGCAAGGAGAAAGUUCACCUUCUUAUUCUUUCUUCCUGGAGGUCAGGGUCUUCUUUUGUUGGCCAAAUCUUCAGUCAGCACCCAGAUGUCUUCUACAUGAUGGAGCCUGCAUGGCAUGUGUGGGUGACCAUGUUUCGGAACAGUGCCAAGGUUCUCCACAUGGCAGUAAGGGAUCUUGUAAGAUCAGCAUUCUUGUGCGACAUGUCUGUUUUCGAUGCCUAUAUGCCUAAAGAGAGGAACGUUUCUUCCCUGUUCCAGUGGCCUGUCAGUAGAGCCUUAUGUACAGUCCCAGCCUGCAAGUUCUUUCCCCGUGAUGAAAUAACUAAUGAGAUGUCCUGUAAAACUCUAUGUGGUAAAUAUCCGUUUCACAACAUUGAACAGGCCUGCACCACCUACAGUCAUGUGGUUAUUAAAGAGGUUCGCUUCUUUGACUUGAAAGUGUUGUAUCCCCUUCUUAAUGACCCUUCCCUAAACCUAAAGAUACUUCAUUUGGUUCGGGAUCCUAGAGCAGUGGCAAAAUCCCGGGAGCAGUCAAGAAAAGCAUUAACAAGAGACAAUGGAAUUGUCCUUAACACUAAUGGGACAAAAGUAGAUGACGGCAAGUUUCAGGUGAUCCAGGAGGUCUGUCGAAGCCACAUGCAGAUAUAUGAAACGGCAGCACAUAAAGCUCCCAACUUCCUUAAGAACCGAUACAUGCUAGUGAGGUAUGAGGAUGUGGUUCAAGACCCCUUGCGAGAGAUCUCUGAGAUGUAUAAAUUUGCUGAACUUAAACUUACAAACAAACUUGAAAAGUGGAUCUACAAUAUCACACAUGGCCAAAGUCCUGGAAAUCAGAAAGAAGCCUUUUCGAUCACAUCUCGCAAUGCAGCCAACGUUUCUCAGGCUUGGAGGAAUGUUCUCCCCUUCGAGAAAGUGAAAAAAAUACAAGAUGUAUGUAAAGGAGCUAUGAACAUGUUAGGGUACCAACUUGUAAACUCUAACGAGGAGCAGAAAGACUUAAACAUGGAAGUUGUGUUGCCAAGGAGACAGUAUCAGUUCAGUUGGUCAUAGUUUCAAGGCAUCAAGUGACUUUUGCACUUUUAUUAUUUAGGUUUUUUUUCUUUAAUAUUUAUUAGUUUUGACUUUAUGAACUGUGAAACAUUUUUUUAAUGAUUUCUUAUUUGGAGUGGAUAAAAUAAAUAAAUAAAUAUAGAAUUAAAGAAUAUUUACAGUGAAGUCAGAGAUGGAAUUAGUUUUAUAUUUUUGUAAUGCGCAGGGUAAAUGUAUAUACAAUACAGUAUGUCUUAAAAUAAAACAAAUCUCUGGGUAGUUAACAGAUUUUUAUGUUCUCUUGCCAGUAUAUUAGGUACACCUUCCUAGUGCCAGGUUGGAACACCUUUUGCCUUCAUUAUUUGCUGAUACUUUCUACAAGGUGCUGGUAACAUUGUUGAGAUUUUGGAUUUGAUGACCUCUCGCAGUUGCUGCACAUUUGUCGGCUGCACAUCCAUGAUGUGACUCUCCUGUUCCACCACAUCCCAAAGGUGAUCUAAUGAAUUGAGAUCAGGUUACAGUGGAGGCCAUUGGAGUACAGUGAACUUAUUGUCAUGUUCAGGAAACCAGUUUGAGAUGAUUUGGGAUUUUGGACAUGGUGCAAUAUCCUGCUGGAAGUAGC